UCCCCUCCCAAUCACGUGAUUCAGGUGUUCCAAUCCCCUCCCAAUCAUGUGAUUCAGGUGUUCCAAUCCCCUCCCAAUCACAUGAUUCAGGUGUUUCAAUCCCCUCCCAAUCACGUGAUUCAGGUGUUCCAAUCCCCUCCCAAUCAUGUGAUUCAGGUGUUCCAAUCCCCUCCCAAUCACGUGAUUCAGGUGUUCCAAUCCCCUCCCAAUCAUGUGAUUCAGAUGUCCCAAUCCCAUCCAUAUCAUGGGAUUCAGGUGUUACAAUCACCUCCAUAUCAUGUGAUUCAGGUGUUCCAAUCCCCUCCAUAUUAUGUGAUUCAGGUUUUCCAAUCCCCACCAUAUCAUGUCAUUCAGGUGUUUCAAUCCCCUUCCAAUCAUGUGAUUCAGGUGUUCCAAUCCCUUCCCAAUCAUGUGAUUCAGGUGUUCCAAUCCCCUCCCAAUCAUGUGAUUCAGGUGUUUCAAUCCCCUCCCAAUCAUGUGAUUCAGGUGUUCCAAUCCCCUCCCAAUCAUGUGAUUCAGGUGUUUUAAUCCCCUCCCAAUCAU